AAAAGAAUUAAAUCUAAUCAAAUGCUUCCAUUUCAAAAAAUCAAUACCAAAUAUGUCAUAAACCCCUUUACGAUUUAUUUAAACUACACUCAUGGCUUCCAAUUAGUUAGGAUAUAAACAAACGCUUCUGAUUUUUGUUCCUAACUUAAAAUGGAAACUUGCGGCCUUAUUUGUGUAAGUGGGGACUACGAGAAGUUUUUGAUGAGCUGCUCCCAAUGUCCCACGAUUGUGGAGGUUGCUCAGUGGCAGGAAUUUGUGACCCACAUCCGCAACGUGCAUAGCAAACACGAGUUGAUCCAAUUUCGGGAAGAUAGUGCUGAAAUAGAGGAAUUCGAAAUGGAAUUUAAACAGGAGCAUUUAGCUGGGGAACCACAAACGCAAGAACUGAUGACUGGGAAAAAGGAAUCAGAGGAGGAGGCUAACAUAGAGCUCGACAUAGAAGCAGUUGGCUCUUCGAUUGCCGCGCCAGAGGAGUCUGAUCUUUCAGAAGCUUCAUGUCAGCAGGAGUCCGACCAGGAAUCGGAGCAAAGUGGGCAAACUUCAGAAAGAGUUACAUUGUAUACUCUGCCAACAUAUAAGUUUCUACCAUCCUUUUUUCGCCGGGAUCCUAGAACUUUAAAGUUUAUAGAGCUCUACAAAACACAUCCUUGCCUUUGGAACCCAGAAAAUAGCGACUACAAGGAGCCCCGGGCAUGCAAAGAAGCUCUAAAGCAAAUGCAAGCGGAUUUGGAGACCUCGGAGUCCAUAUUCCUAAACGAGAUUACACUGAAAUUGGCCAUCAAAAAAAUACACACGCAGUUCAACACCGUUCACAAGCGAGUACUCUCUGGAAAUCAGAAACCUUAUUCAUUGCCUUUUAGUAUCUACAAUCUAUGCAGCUUCCUGAAGGCAAGCAAAGAUGACCAAGAGGCUAACAAAAACGAUAAGAUCAAGCUGGACUUUUCGAAAAAAAACAAGGUGACCACCGACCUGAUAGAGAUGUAUGCCAACUUUCCGCAACUGUAUGAUUCUACGCAUAAGGAGUUUUCUAACAUAAAUUCACGAAAACAAGCAUAUGAAAGCAUGGCAGCGGAGAUCUCUGUGCCCAAUGAGGACAUCAACAGCGAUGACAUCUUUCGCGCGAUCCAAAAUCUUCGUCAGUGGUACUAUAAGAGCGCCAAACAUCCCAUUAAUGCUGUUAGUGAGGGCGAGAAAUUCUACAUGGAGGUGUGCCAAUUCAUGCCGCCAAAAAUGUUCAAACAGCGACUGGUCUGCCAGAUCUGCCAGCAAGUCACUUUCUCGGAUCACGUACUGCAGUCACAUAUAUUCAAGGAGCACAACAUUGGCGAGCUUCCGUUCAAGUGCACUCUGUGCGACCGAAGUUUUAUGAUGCGUGGUGAGCUGACAAACCACACUAAGAGGGUCCACAUCGGCAAGACACACAGGUGCACCCACUGUGAGAGGACAUUCGCUGUGCCUUCGGACCUGAGGCUGCAUAUCCGCACGCAUACGGGUAACAAGCCAUACAUCUGCGAGCACUGUGGCAAGGCCUUCCGACUUAGAUCCCAAAUGAAGCUCCACGUUACUGCCAUUCACACCAAAAUCAGAGCCUUCAAGUGCACCAUGUGUCCCAAGGACUUCAAAAAAAAGGUCCACCUGACAGAUCACGUUAAAGGCCAUCUGAAUAUCCGUGACAAAAUCUGCAAUGUGUGCGGCAAAGCAUUCUACAGCGGUCAUUCUCUCAUCCGUCACCGGCAGAUUCACUCCGAUGUAAAGAAGUUCGUCUGCAAACUGUGCGACUCCAGAUUUUCCCAAUUCGUGGGUCUUAAUACGCAUAUGAAACGCACCCACAACAUUGUUCGCAACAACUCUCAAAAGCCUAAGGAGGCUACGGAAGCCGACCACUAAAGUCGGUUAAAUAUUUAAUCUUAAAUUAAAUAUUUAAAUAUAAA